GGCUGAGCGGCUGGGCGGUGGCAGUGCACGUAAGCGUAGACAACUCUUGGGCUAUGGUAGUGGUGGCAUCCACGCAGAGCCCGGCCGCCGGGGCCCCCAAAGUGCUUCUCCUGUCCGGCAAGCCCGCCGCCGCCGCUGCUGCCGGAGCCCCGGCCGGCCGGAAUGUGCCGCUCAUGCUGCCGAGCCAGCGAGGGGCCAGUCCAGAGGCAGAGAGCGGAGGGCCACCCCAGGCACGAAAGCGACAGCGCCUCACACACCUGAGCCCCGAGGAGAAGGCGCUACGGAGGAAACUGAAAAACAGAGUAGCAGCUCAGACUGCCAGAGACCGAAAGAAAGCUCGAAUGAGUGAGCUGGAACAACAAGUGGUAGAUUUGGAAGAAGAGAACCAAAAACUCUUGCUAGAAAAUCAACUUUUAAGAGAGAAAACCCAUGGCCUUGUUGUGGAGAACCAGGAGUUAAGACAGCGUUUGGGGAUGGAUGCCCAGGUUACUGAAGAGGAGGAAGAGACCAAGGGGAAUGAAGUGAGGCCAGUGGCCGGGUCUGCUGAGUCCGCAGCACUCAGACUACGUGCAUCUGCAGCAGGUGCAGGCCCAGUUGUCACCCCUCCAGAACAUCUCCCCAUGGAUUCUGACAGCGUUGACUCUUCGGACUCUGAGUCUGAUAUCCUGUUGGGUAUUUUGUUCAACUUGGACCCAGUCAUGUUCCUCAGAUGUCCUUCUCCAGAGUCAACCAGCAUGGAGCAGCUCCCAGAGGUCUACCCAGAAGGACCCAGUUCCUUACCAACCUCCCCUUCUCCAUCACUGGGGACGUCAUCAGCCAAGCUGGAAGCCAUUAAUGAACUGAUUCGUUUUGACCACGUAUAUACCAAGCCCCUAGUCUUAGAGAUACCCUCUGAGACAGAGAGCCAAGCUAAUGUGGUAGUGAAAAUUGAGGAAGCACCUUCCAGCCCCUCAGAGAAAGAUCACCCUGAAUUAACUGUUUCAGUGAAGGAAGAACUUGUAGAAGAUGACUUCAUUCCAGAGCUGGAUAUCCCAGAUCUCCUUUCAUCCAGCCACUGCCUGAAGCCAUCUUCCUGCCUACUGGAUGCUUACAAUGACUGUAGAUAUGAGGGCUCUCCUUCCCCUUUCAGUGACAUGUCCUCUUUGCUUGGUGCAGACCAUUCUUGGGAGGACAGUUUUGCCAAUGAACUUUUCCCCCAGCUAAUUAGUGUCUAAGGAAUGCUCCAAUAGUGCCCUUUUCCUUGACUAUUACACUGCCUGGAAGACAGCAGAGAAGCCUGUUUGUGCUUCAUUCAAAAGCCAAAGUAGAAAGUACACAACAAUUUGUCUAUUCAAACCUUACCGGUCACCCUACGUAUUGUCUUUUGACAUUACUCAGAUAUAGUACUACGGUGCAGAAUUACAGCUAUUGAGGUUGUACCUUUAUCUUAAGGGCAGCAGUUUGCCCUAAAAUACUUAUGUAGAGGACAUCAGACAGGGAAUUUAUGAAUGGCCCUUUAUCAUCUCUCCCUUCUCAGCAUCCCAGGCUUGCCUCCAAUUUUAGGUCCUUUAGUUUGCUUCCGUAAACAAAGAAACCUACUUGAGGGGGCUCCUUUUCCCUCAUGUACAGUUCCAGUAAAGAUCAAGAAUCUUUUAUAAUGUUAUAGAAAUUUACUAUGUAAAUGCUUGAUGGAAUCUUUCCCUGCUAGUGUAACUUUUGAAGGUGCUUUCUCCAUUUAUUUAAAACUACCCAUGCAAUUAAAAAGUGCAAUGCAGUGUCUUUGUUCU